AGUUUAUUUGUGUGGCCCUCUGCAGGCUGGUAAGGGGAUCUUGCGUACGAUGAGAGCGUCCAAUGAUGCGGUGGCGGACCUGGUGCCGGUGGACGUGGUCAUCAACGCCACACUGGCUGCUGCCUGGUACUCUGGAUCUCAGACACUCAAAAGGUCUAAAAACAUCAUGGUGUACAACUGCACCACCGGAGGGAUCAACCCGUUCCGCUGGGGGGAAGUUGAGUACCAUGUAAUAUCCACAUUCAAGAGGAACCCCCUUGAGCAGGCCUUCCGUCGGCCCAAUGUUAAUCUAACAUCCAAUCACCUUAUCAAUCAGUACUGGAUCGCCGUGAGCCACAAGGCUCCGGCCUUCCUCUAUGAUCUGUACCUCAGGCUGAUUGGACGAGAGCCCAGGAUGAUGAAGACAAUCACGCGCCUCCACAAAGCCAUGAUGGUGUUGGAGUAUUUCACCAGUCACUCCUGGGUGUGGAGCAACGAGAACGUCACCAUGCUGAUUGGCCAAAUGAGCCAAGAGGAUAAGAAGGUUUUCAAUUUUGAUGUGCGUCAGCUGCACUGGGCAGAAUACAUGGAGAGUUACUGUAUGGGCACCAAGAAAUAUGUCCUCAAUGAAGAGCUGUCGGGCCUGCCUGCUGCACGCAAACACCUCAACAAGCUGAGGAACAUCCGCUACACCUUCAACACCGUCCUGGUUGUGCUCUUCUGGCGCGUCUUCAUCGCCCGAUCCCAGAUGGCCAGGAACAUCUGGUACUUUGUGGUGAGCCUCUGCUUCAAGUUCCUCUCCUACUUCAGAGCGUCCUCCAGCAUGAGAUAAGGAUCCAGGCGACGGGUGGUGGGUGGGGGGACGAAUCAAUGAAGAAACACUGGCUGUGGAUGAUGAACGGUUCUUGACCUCAAGGCCCUCACUGUCCGUCUUUGGCCCUGCUUUGCCUGGAGGAUCAGAUGGACCCGUUUUACCCAGGAAACAGACAGAACCACUGGAGGCCACAGCCAUCUGAAUGUUGAUGUCUAGCAUUUCCUAAAACAGAGGGCAUGGAUCUAUCUCACUUGUACAACGCUCAGAUUAACAACUUUUGGACGAGUUAGAGAAGCAGGAGCACAAACCCUGUUCCUGUUGGUUUCCGUUAGCCCCGCCCCCCCCUCCCCGGUGCCGGCUGUACUGCUGCAGUCUUUGAGCUCCAACGCAUCCAAACUCACUCCACCUGGUCUGCCUGCUCGCCUGACUGCCUGAAACUAAGCUAUGCAUUGGAUGAAGCUUCGCUGCAGAACCCCUCCGUCUGUUUUCAGUCCUUCCAGUCUUCCUCUUCCCCCUCUCCUUUUCCUUCCUAUGUAACCUUUGAUUGCAAGAUAAGCAGUCAAACUGCAGUGUAAGUUAUAUUUCUCUGUCACCUGAAAACAUCUCAAUUUCUUUUCUACCUUGGCAUCUGUGAUUUGCUUUUUGUCAUUUAUUUUUCCUAGUUAGGCCUAUUCAAAUGUCUACAAGCAGGAUUUUUCUUUGAAGAAGAAUAGGUAGCUGUCAGCUUCUGGGGGUUGGAAGAGGGGUUAGAGGCAGCUAAAGGAAGAAUCUGUACUGACUCAGCGAAGGCUUGUUCAGGGAGAGGUAUCGCUGAAACUGCUCUCCCUCAGAAGCCCGAUUCUUACACCAAAGCCAUUUCACCCAGUGGAAUGUUUGCAGCUCUGUGAAGAGCAUGUUUCCAUUGCAGGGGCUUUGGGGGGGGGCUGUGCAGCACUCAGAGUUAUCUUUAAUCUUCCUGCUUGGCAAAAACACUGACAACAACCCCCCCCCCUGUAUAUCUCUGGCUAGUUCCAUAAUCGGUACAAUAUGGAUUGUAUAUGGCGGCUUUACCCUGUGCCUACACACUGAUUGUACUCUAAGGAAGCUUCUUCUUCUAGAGGUUUCCUUUAUGUCAUUCAUCUUAAAGCUCUUUUUGGCAAAGUACCUCUACCAGCUCAGAGGAUGGGGGGGGUGCAGUCCAGAGGAGACAUACUUUCAUUUAAGGCUUCUUUCAUUUAGUUCUGGUAGCCAUUUUGAUCAUGGAUACACAGUGGGGGGGAUGACUGUUAUGCAUUGCUUUCAGGUAGCUCCAACAGUAGCUCACAAUCUAUGUUCAAUUUCUCCUGUGUUUAAUUCCUUUGUAUGGGUCAUAAUUUGUCAUGUUACUAGUUAAUUUUCUAUAUUAGUUCUGUAACUGUAUAAGUAUGCAGGAUUUGCUUAUGCUAUUUAUAACCUGCUGUUAAACUCCGGGACCGUUCGGUUGCCUUCUUCAUCCUGUCUUGUUGCAUAAGAAAUGAGUUGUUUUUGUUCAGAUGAAUGAUUGUCUUGUUUCAUCAAGUUUCUCUGGGUUUUCUAUGAAUGAAUCAUCAUUGCCAUAUUGAGUCUCUGACCCACCUGAGGUUUACACUGUCUCCGGGGUCUGGAGCAGGCAGAGGGGUCUGAACAGCAGGGGGGGACCGUGCCCUCCUCUCUGGUGGUUUGCAUGUGUCUCAAAAUGUCUUCGCCAUAGUAGCUCCAAACGCCUACAUGUGGUAUCUCUCAACUUCACAGCAUGAGCCAUUUGACAAAGGAUCAUGUGACCUGGUGGAAGGAUGCACCCUUUUGGAAAGAUGUGUGAAUCGUGCCUGAACUUUUUAAAAUAUUCUAACAAUGUGAAAUUAGACCGGUUUUCUAAUUAUUUGAUGUACAGCUCUAUUUAGGUAGACUUCAAAUUACAGAUGUAUUUUUAUGCUGAUGACAUGCGUGGAUAUUUUACUGACAAGAAGCUUAUGGAUCCAACUUUAGCUGAUGUAAAUAUGUAAACAUGAGUGCAGUAUGUGUAGAGCUGAAUUGAAAUGUUAAAGGUUGCUUGUAACUUUGCUGUAUGUUCAUGUACUCUCAUUGUCUCUGAAUGUAACAGAAUAACAGCCUGACCUGUUUGCACA